UCAUUAUAUCAAAUCCUUAUUAUUCAUUCAUUCAUUCGUUCCUUCAUUCAUCAAACUCCUCCUCCUAUGGCGGCCGUGGGUAGUUCCUCCGCCGCCGCCGUUGUUUCCUCCUCCGCCAAAUUCCGCCGUUCUCUUGCCUUACCGCCUUCUCAAUUCUUCAUCCCUUCCAAACCCUCCAUCUCACGCGCUCGACUCUCUCUCAAUCCCAGAUGCGAAAUCGUUUCCAACAAUUCCAUUCCAAAAAACGUGAUCGCUUCAAAGCCUUCGGCUCUCGAGUUGCUGAAAACUUCCGCAGCAGAUAGAUAUACGAAGGAAAGGAGUAGCAUUAUUGCGAUAGGGCUUAACAUUCACACGGCUCCGGUUGAGAUACGUGAGAAGCUUGCAAUCCCAGAAGCACAAUGGCCUCAGAUCAUUGGGGAGCUUUGUGAUUUGAACCAUAUAGAAGAAGCUGCUGUUCUUAGCACUUGUAACAGGAUGGAGAUAUAUGUUGUGGCUCUAUCUCAGCACCGCGGUGUUAAAGAAGUUACUGAGUGGAUGUCUAAGACAAGUGGGGUUUCAGUACCGGAGCUUUGUAAGCACCAAAUUUUGCUGUAUAACAGGGAUGCCACAGAGCAUCUGUUUGAAGUGGCUGCUGGGCUUGACUCGCUUGUUCUUGGGGAAGGUCAAAUUCUUGCCCAGGUGAAACAAGUUGUAAAAGCUGGACAAGGAGUGGCUGGAUUUGAUAGGAAAAUCAGUGGGUUGUUCAAGCAGGCAAUCUCUGUUGGAAAGCGAGUUAGAACUGAGACUAACAUUUCCUCGGGGUCAGUUUCUGUCAGCUCAGCUGCUGUGGAGUUGGGUCUAAUGAAGCUUUCAGAAUCUUCCUAUGCUAAUGCUAGAGUGUUAGUAAUUGGGGCAGGAAAGAUGGGUAAACUUGUGAUUAAACAUUUAGCAGCAAAAGGGUGCAAAAAAAUGGUGGUUGUUAACAGAACUGAAGAGAAAGUCAAUGCCAUUCGUCAAGAGUUGAAAGGUGUUGACAUAGUGUUUAGACCUCUUUCGGAAAUGCUAGCAUGUGCUGCUGCAACUGAUGUAAUCUUCACUAGCACUGCAUCUGAAUCCCCAUUGUUUUCAAAAGAGAAUGUGCAGAUGCUUCCUCUAGUUAGCCAAGGUGCCAUGAGGCGACUUUUCAUUGAUAUAUCUAUUCCUAGGAAUGUGGAACCAGGUGUCUCAGAUCUGGAGACUGCACUUGUGUACAAUGUGGAUGAUCUCCAGGAAGUUGUUGCAGCUAACAAGGAGGACAGACUCCAGAAAGCUGCAGAGGCCCGGGGAAUUAUCCAGGAAGAAUUGAAUAAAUUUGAAGCAUGGAAAGACUCCCUGGAAACUGUACCUACUAUUAAGAAAUUUAGAGCUUAUGUUGAAAGGAUUAGAGCCUCUGAGCUGGAGAAGUGUUUGUCAAAGAUGGGCAAUGACAUCUCAAAGGAGCAUAAAGAAGCAAUUUAUGCCCUUAGUAUGGGUAUUAUGAAUAAGCUACUUCAAGGUCCCAUGCAGCACCUGAGGUGUGAUGGGAAUGAUAAUCAUAGUCUGAAUGAAGUACUUGAGAAUAUGCGUGCUCUUAACAGAAUGUAUGAUCUUGAGACAGAAAUAUCCUUGAUGGAAGAAAAGAUCAGAGUCAAGAUGGAAAAGGCUCAGAAGUAAACUCUUCUUAAAAUGGUCCUCACUUUAUAUGAUUCAUGUGGAGGCUGCAACCUUCACCAUUUUGUACACUAAAAUAGUGAAUUGAGGCCCUUUAAAGGCUAAUUCUUUUAAUUAUUUGUUAACCUUACACAAAGUUGAAUGGGCAUUGAUGUCCCACACUGAAUUGAAAAUUUUAAAUUUUUCGACUUUGGCAUAGAGUGUAGUUGAAGAUUCAUGAUCCUCAAUCCUCAUGACAAUAGAUGAUUCUUGUAUUUUUGUAAUUAAUAUAAUUGCGAG